CAAGGUUCCAAAUAGAAUGCUGUACAGAAAAGGAGUGCAUGUUUAGCGUUGAACCAUGGGCCAGCCUUGUACAAGAAGAAACAACUACCCCCCCAAGAAAUUGUACUGUUUCAUGUGUUCUGUGAAUGUGUAUCUGCUACAACAAGACUGCCGACAAUUUUCAGAACGUGAGUAAAUUGAUUAAAGGGAAAAUAUCAAGGGCUGUCAGUGGACAAAAUAGUACGCGUGCGACCAACAAAAAACAACAGUGAAACAACGACAAAAAAAGGACGACCAAGAAGCAGAAACGGGUUGGGUGGUGGUAGGCUAUGAGGAGAUGCAACCUUUUGUUACUCUUUCUACUUUUAGAUUUUGUUUUGUUUUGUUUUGCUACAUAAAACGCAUUUGAUUAUUGCGUAAACCAUUGGGACUGUAUUAAUGUAUGCUGUUUCGAGAGACCGUUACUUUCCAUCAAAUAAACAGUGAAAUAACGAUUUAUUUAAUCAAGAAGACACACAAAACUACUUGCCAAGUAGUUACGAACCAUGAUGAAAUUCCAUAAUUCGGACCUAUGGAUUGCUUGGCUGGUUUUAUUUUGCAUGGAAGGUUCAAGAUUUGAUCUACACACAGGAACAGUGAGUGUGAGGGCGUUGGAUGUCACAGUGACCCAGAGCAGCAUCCAGGUAGCCCGUGGCCAGGCGGCCAUCUUGCCCUGCUCCUUCUCCACCAGCGCUGCUCUCAACAACCUCAACAUUAUCUGGAUGGUCAUCCCGCUGUCCAAUGCCAACCAGCCCGAACAGGUGAUCAUCUACCAAGGUGGCCAAGUGUUCAGUCUAGCCAACCACUUAAAUGGCCGGGUGGGUUUCGUGGCCACCAUGCCCAGCACAAGUGCUUCUAUCUUCAUCAACAACACCCAGCUGUCAGACACGGGGACCUACCAGUGCCUGGUCAACAACCUCCCCGACAGAGGGGGGCGCAACAUCGGGGUCAUCGGCCUCACCGUCCUGGUGCCCCCCUCAGUGCCCGCAUGCCGUAUCCAGGGCACGCUGGACGUGGGCGCUGACAUCAUGCUGAUGUGCAGCAGCGAGGAGGGGAUCCCCACACCCAGCUACGUCUGGGAGAAGCUGGAGUCGCUCCCCAGGCUGCCCCACACCGCCAUGCAAGACCAGAUGCAAGGGACCGUAACAUUGAGGAACAUCAGUACCAGUACAUCUGGUCUGUACCAGUGUACAGCCACCAACGCCAUUGGCAAGAGCACCUGUCUACUCAACCUGCAGGUUGUGGCACCCCAGCUCCAGAGUGUGGGUCUCAUAGUUGGCACCAUCGCCACGGGCGUCUUGGCUGUCAUCAUCUGCUCCCUACUGGUGUUGGUGACACUCUUCUACUGGAAGAACAAGAACAAAUACGAGGAGGAGGAGAUACCGAACGAGAUCAGGGAGGACGACCUGCCCCCUAAGAGAUCGUCGUCAGUAAAAGCGUUUCACGCCGACGCCUCAUCCUCUGAGAAUGACACCCUAACGUCCACCAACACCUACAACAGUCGCUAUUGGCACAACCCCAAGCCCAACUACGACACCAACUCCUACACCCGCUACAACGGCGACACGCGCCAGACGUUCUCUACGGGGCAGGCGGGUCACACAGGUCAAACGGGGGGACAUGCAGCUCACACAGGACACGGGACGCUGGCGCCGCAGGGCUCCGCCCGCCAGGCCUACUCCAAUGGUAGCCACACCCUCCCCCCGCCCAAGACUCUGGUGGUCACCACCAACUCUGCCCCCUCCCCUCCCACGAUGGUGCGCAGCAAUGGCUCGGUGAGCCUGAAGCCCGUGACGGUGGCAUCGCACGGUGGGUACACGCACUCGUACGCCGUAAGCCAGGCCACGCUGGAGCGCAUGGGCGCCGUACCCGUCAUGGUGCCAGCCCAGAGCAGAGCAGGCUCUCUGGUCUAAAGUAAACUGUUACUGGGCUGAACCAGCCUGCCUCCCCACUUCUUCUCUGCUUCUCUCUCUCUUUUUCUCAAUUUAUAACUCAUAAACAGGAUUUUACAAUA